AUGAGAGGUCGGAGGUUCAGCAGCGGGUGGAGCGUAAGCGUUUGGAGUUGCAGCAGCAGCAGCAGCAGCAGCAGCAGCAGCAGCAGCAGCUGCAGCCGCAGCAGCAGCAGCAGCAGCAGCAGCAGCAGCAGCAGAAGCAGCAGCAGCAGCAGCAGCAGCAGCAGCAGCAGCAGCAGCAGCAGCAGCAGCAGCAGCAGCAGCAGCAGCAGCAGCAGCAGCAGCAGCAGCAGCAGCAGCAGCAGCAGCAGCAGCAGCAGCAGCAGCAGCAGCAGCAGCAGCAGCAGCAGCAGCAGCAGCAGCAGCAGCAGAAGAAGCAACAGUAGCAGCAGCCGGAGCAGCUUCCGGCCCCUGUUUCUGGCCUUCAGGCCCUUGUCCUCCUCGUUCUCCUCCGUCUGUCCUUCCUCGUCCUCCUGA